ACAAUGAGUGUUUUGAAAGACUAAACACACCUUCUCUGUCUUCUUUUUCAACCUGACUUUCUGCUUAAGUUUCUCAACAUUUAAACCACAAAUGUACUGCUCAAAAACCUUCUUCUCAUCUUCUUCAAUGGCGGUUUGUAGAGAGAGAAACUUGUAAACAAAAAGACAUUGCUUUUCGCCUAUUAAUUCAUGCGUGCAAGCUAAACCCACACUCUUUCGUCAUCUUAAUCCCCCUUAACCGUUUCAUCGUUAUCACUCACAAAUCUUCUUCUUCAUCCUUUCAUUUCAUAAUAAAGUUACUAAUCUUUAUAUCGCUUUCAUCAAUCGGUACCCAUCAUAAUCUUUUCUUCAUAUUUGUUGAAUCCCCAAUCUGGGUCGCAUUCUUAAUUGGGUAAUUCGUCUGUUUCCGUUCUGGGUUGUCGCAUUUGCAGGUUUUUUUGUCAUGUACGGUUGUUGCAUACCAACUGUUUGAUCAAUUGUCUAGCUGAAAUUUUAGGUUUUCUUUAGCGUAAUUUAACUGAAAUAGAUGGGGGCGCAUGUUAGCAAGAGAUCUGGUGGUGCUGCUACCUCUACCUCACCAUCAAUCCCUUUGAAAGAUACCCAACAAAUCAUAACGGAACUCAACGCCUAUGAAGCUGCCUGCAGAUCCGAUGCUGAUCUACAAUCGUUUGAUGCAACGCUUCAGGCGCGUGCGAACAACGUGAUCAAUACGUUGGCAACGGGAGUUGAAGUGCGCGCGUUAUCAUUCGAUACGCUGAAAGAAGUUACAGAAUGUCUGCUGGAAAUGAAUCAAGAAGUUGUGAAAGUAAUCUUGCAUUGCAAGAAAGACAUAUGGAAGAAUCAAGAACUGUUUGAAUUGGUGGAAGAGUAUUUCGAGAAUAGCCUCCAAACGCUGGAUUUCUGCGCUGCGUUGGAUAAAUGUUUGAAACGCGUACGAGACAGUCAAUUGUUGAUUCUUGUAGCUUUACAGCAUUUCGAUGAAGAAGAUGAAGGCGAGGAGGAAAAUCGGUAUGAAAAAACUUUGGAGGAUUUGAAGAAUUUUAAAGAUGCGGGGGACCCGUUUACCGAAGAAUUUUUUCAGAUUUUUUAUUCGGUUUAUAAACAACAAAUGAUCAUGCUUGAGAAAUUACAAGCCAAGAAGAUGAAAUUGGAUAAGAAAGUGAAGUAUCUUCAAACGUGGCGGAAAGUGUCGUCGGUGAUCUUCGUGGCUACUUUUGCGGCGGUGCUGAUAUGCUCUGUGGUGGCAGCGGCAAUAACAGCACCGCCUGUGGCGGCUGCUCUUGCAGCCGCCACUGCGAUCCCACUGGGAUCGAUGGGGAAGUGGAUCAACACUCUUUUGAAAAACUACGAGAACGCGAUUAAAGGGCAAAAGGAGAUCAUUAGCUCAAUGCAAGUGGGUGGGUUUGUGGCGAUUCGGGAUCUUGAUACAAUUAGGGUUCUUGUGGAUAGACUUCAAAUGGAUAUAGAGGAGUUGAUGAGGAACGCGGAUCACGCGAUUGAAGGAGAUGAAAUGGUGAAAGUUGCUAUCGACGAGAUUAAAACAAAGUUAAACUCGUUUAUGAAAAACGUGGAUGAUUUAGGGAUGCAAGCGGAUAAUUGUAGCCGUGAUGUUAGGCGGGCUAGAACCGUUGUGUUGCAACGGAUCAUUAAACCGCCACAUAAUCAAUGAAGCGAUUGUUAUGGUGAAGAUGAAAAGUGAAUGUGUGUACUUUUAUCAAGUGAUGCAGAAUAAUGGAUGGUUUUAGGAGAAGCUGAAUCUCUGUUUUAACUUAGGUUGGUUGAUUUGCUUUCCUUGUUGCUAUUCUUAUCAUUUCUUAAUACAUCUAUAAACUAUUUUAGAUUGUUUGUUCAUUCCUAUUUUCAUAUCUGACAGCUGAUAUUAGAAGAAAACAUGUCAAAUUGAUAAAUGUUCUUAAA